UACAGUAUAAAUAAGACAUAUAAAGUAACCUGCAGGUUAAUUAAUAUCAGUCCAGUCACCUGUCGUUAUGGGGGACUCUGUUGUGUCUGAGCAGACGAAACCGUCUAAAUUGAGACCAUCAGAGAUAUGUUUUAGUCAGAAAGAAGUGUACCAUCGAUUUCGGAGGCGAUCUGGUCAUGGACAUUGCACUAUUGGUGAAACAUUAGACGAUAUAGUGGAGGGUCGAACACACAUGACGAGCCUUCCAACAAUAUGUAUCAAACACGAAGAGGAGGAGAUGACUGGAGAGACGGGGGCAGGCCAGAAGAAGGGUCGUUGGAUCACUGCUGACAACCGGCGUCUUUGGAUUUUCAGACAUUUGGAAAGACUAGGAAGAUGUACAGAAAUACCUUUUGAAGAGGUCACCUAUAUCAAUCCUACGAAGCUAUCGUCGGAAAAUCGCGGUGCCUCUGUCGAGAUUAAGGGUGAAGAAGAACCAGGUGGAUACUGGCAUGAGGCCCCGGAUGUCACCAAUAUUGACCCAAUGAGUGUAAAAUUCACCAAAAAUAUCAUCCCAAUGUCAUUUUCUGGGGAAGGUCAUUCAGGGGUCAAGGUUUUGACACUCGUAGAGAAGUUACAGUGUGGAGAUUUGGAUUUCCAAAUUGUACCGUCGAUCAUUGUUUGGGAUGACGCGUUGACAAAGCGUGUUAUCGAUGGAAACAGACGUUUAUGGGCGUUUCAGAAAGCUGAACAGUCACAAAUUGCUGCAAUCGUGAUUAAAGAUCGACAAUUCCUCAACAAAAUGAUGCCAAAAAUGAUUGGCAAAUCCCCGACAGAUUUAAACUCUGGAUAUGACCUUCGGGAAGUCACUACCGAGUUUUAACUUCGAUGACAUUAUCAAAUAUGUCUAUAUUUGUAUAAAUAUAUUCCCUGUUUAUUUUGCCAUUAUUUUUUCUGAUGCCUUGUUUGCAUGCGAUUUUAUGAACUUGAAUGAAUGAUUU